AUGCCCGUACCAGGAGGUGUAUAUCAAGGUCAAGGGCCAUCUUGUUUUGACAAAAUGAAAAUGGGUUUUAUGAUAGGAUUUUGUGUAGGAAUGGCUAGCGGCGGCCUAUUUGGUGGCUUUACUGCUUUGAGAUAUGGAGCUCGAGGAAGAGAAUUAGUGCAUUCCGUGGGUAAAGUUAUGCUUCAAGGCGGAGGAACCUUUGGCACAUUUAUGGCUAUCGGCACGGGAAUACGUUGUUGA